AUGCCAUUUAGUCCUAAACAAAAAACUUGUACACUUAACACCCCCAAAACAAAGCAAUGGCAAAAUGCUUUAAGCAACCCAUCACAGAAGAUGACUCAAUAAUCCUUUUCUCGACCUCCGAUUCGAAUGAAGAAUUAUCCGGUUGCUCCUCCUCGUCGUCCUCCUCGGGCCACCAUUCUCCGCCACCACCAGCAACCAAGGUGCACUCCGCCGCGGCUUAUAAGCUAAGUGUCAAAAACCUCUCCUACACCCUCCACCAAAAUGGGGGCCCAUUUCAUAGAACCAAGCCCAAUAUUAAAAUUCUUAAAUCAGUUUCUUUUACAGCCCAAAGCUCACAAAUGUUAGCAGUUGUGGGCCCAAGUGGGACCGGGAAAUCAACCCUACUUAGAGUUAUAUCAGGUAGAGUUAAAAAGAGAGAAUUUGACCCAAAUUCAAUCUCAUUAAAUGAAAGCCCAAUAACAAGCCCAACCCAAUUGAGAACUUUAUGUGGGUAUGUAGCCCAAGAAGAUGAUUUACUCCCUUUACUUACCGUUAGAGAAACUUUAAUGUUUCGCGCCAAAUUUCAGUUAAGACAGUUAAAUUCUAAAGAGAGAAAAAACAGAGUAGAUACCUUGUUACAAGAACUUGGGCUUCUCCAAGUUGCAGAUAGCUUUGUGGGUGAUGAAGAAAAUAGGGGAAUUUCCGGAGGAGAGCGAAAACGAGUCUCGAUUGGUGUCGAAUUGAUCCAUGAUCCUCCAAUCUUACUCCUAGAUGAGCCUACUUCAGGGCUAGAUAGCUCCUCAGCACUUCAAGUGAUUGAGUUGCUUUCUUCCAUGGUGUCGAAAUCGAAUCAAAAGACUAUCAUUUUUUCGAUACAUCAACCGAGUUAUCGAAUGUUUAGGCACAUUUCCCACUUCUUGAUCCUAUCACAUGGGUGGGUUGUUCAUAAUGGAAGCCUUGAAUUGCUUGAGGAAAGGAUUUCUCAAUUGGGUUAUCAAAUUCCUUUACAAUUAAAUGCACUUGAGUUUGCAAUGGAGAUUAUUUCCAAACUAGAAGAUAAAAACCAAUCAAUUUCACAACUCAAACAACCUAAUAAUCCCUCUUCUUCCACAUUUAGGAACCAAAUUGAGAAAUUCGAUUUUCAACAAUCAAUAUCAUCAUCAACAAAUGAUGAAGGAAUUAAAGGGUAUUUCUACAAUUGGGUGUUUGAGAUAAUUAUCCUUUCUUCAAGAUUUUGGAAAGUAAUCUAUAGAACAAAACAACUAUUUCUUGCAAGAACAAUGCAAGCUCUUGUAGCAGGUUUUGGGCUAGGAAGUGUGUAUCACAAAUUAGGGAAAGACGAAAUCGGUGUAGGAGAAAGAUUAGGCCUCUUUGCCUUCAGUCUAAGCUUCCUACUUUCGUCGACCGUCGAAGCAUUACCAAUUUACCUCCAAGAAAGAAAGGUAAUAAUGAAAGAAUCAUCAAGAAAAGCUUACAAAAUGUCAUCUUAUAUGAUAGCAAAUACCCUCAUUUUCCUUCCUUUUUUGCUUGUAAUUGCUCUACUUUUCUCUGUUCCUGUGUAUUGGAUUGUAGGCUUAAACCCUUCAAUCCAAGCAUUCUCCUUCUUUGUCUUCACAGUUUGGCUAAUAAUCUCAAUGGCUAGCUCACUAGUCAUGUUCUUAAGCUCGAUUUCGCCCGAUUUUAUAGCCGGAAACUCGCUUAUUUGCACUGUUCUUGGAGCUUUCUUCUUGUUUUCAGGCUAUUUUAUACCAAAAGAGAUUAUACCAAAGUAUUGGGUAUUUAUGUAUUAUGUUUCUUUGUAUAGGUACCCUUUGGAUUCAUUGAUUGUGAAUGAAUAUUGGGGUAUGAGAAAUGAUUGUUUUUCUUGGGCAAAUAAUGAUCAUAAUAGUAGUUGUUUGAUGAAUGGAAAUGAUGUUUUAAUUAGUAGAGGGCUAGAUAGAGAUAUUAGGUGGGAAAAUGUUGGGAUUAUGAUUGGAUAUUUCUUGUUGUAUAGGGUUAUUUGUUGGGUCAUUUUGGCCCGUCGAGUUACAACUACUACUCUAUAGUUGAUUUUUUCGCUGAAUAGAAAAUCAUUGUUGUAAACGAUGCGUUAGAAUUUUCUCUCGGUCCUAAUAUUAUUUUUUUACCUUUUAUUAAAAAAAAUGUUGAAUAGAAAAUAUUGUUUUGUAACUUUUCAUCAUUUUUAUGUAAAUCUUGUAAACUGUGUAAUCUAGUGUACAUUAUUGCGGAUAAUUAACAUCAACGGAUCUGUGGCGCAAUGGUAGCGCGUCUGACUCCAGAUCAGAAGGUUGCGUGUUCGAUUCACGUCAGGUUCAAUCCCCUGAUCCAAUCACAGAUCAAUCCCUUUUUUUUUCAUUUUGUUUUUUUGAUCCAUGGUUUUUAUAUAUAAUAAAACUCCCAAAUUCUAAAUUUCACUGCUUUUGUAACGAACAUCCACUAAAAUUUAAAAUAUGAUAUCGUUUUUUGUUAUCAGUUUUCAUUUUUUUUUGAAAUAUAUAUAUACACUUCGUCAAUUUUUUAAUUCUUGCAACAGUUUUUAUUUGCAGAUUAUUUUCUUUUUAUUGUUUACAAUAUUAACUUUUUUUGGCACUAUAUUCUCUCUCUUUUUUUCAUAGCAUUUUGGGUUUUUUUUUAUGUAUUUCAUCGUCUUAAUCCUUAUGCACAUUUCGAUGUUGCGAGUAUAUAAAGACAGAAGAAGCAUGUUACAAGAAUAUAUUAAGAAAAGUAAUUACUAUUAUUCUUUUGUUAGUUUCAAUAGAUAGAUGAUUAGCAUAAUGGAAACUCAUUUUAUUUUCAUAUACAACCUAUGCUGCUCUCUCAAGUCUAAAAUAAUUGCUCUAUAGCUAGUUUUCACAUCGCUCAUUAAAGAAUCUAGAGAAUUUUAUUUGGUAUCUGUCCCACAAAAUACGUUCUUCUUUUGUUUUUUUUCAAAUGGACCAUUGUGACAUAAGACAUUAUGCUGUUAUGCACAUAAGUCUUAGCUUGUCAUACAUUUAAGUAAAUAUAGUCAAAGUA